AUAUCAUUUAUGAUGUGUAAUUUAUUAUAGGAGAUUAUAAUUUGAUUGAUAAAAAAAAUCCAUCCUUCCCUUCCCCUCACCUCCCUUCCAUUUCUUUCAAAUGAAACAUAUCAUUAGGGAUUUUGCACACAAAUCUUUGGGAGAUUAAAGCUAGUGCCCCUAUCUACCUCCAAUCCAAGGGUGGACUUGUGCCACUCCUGCUUUCAUUUCAAUGAUCUAGUUACCAACCUCCAAUGGACAACCAACCUAACCCUCCAUCCAUUGAGCACUAGUAAACAUAGAUCUUGAAGGCAAGACAGAUCAUAAAAUGCAAGCUCUAGAAGAAGUAGAAGAGCUCAGAACUAAAAGAGCAGAUAAACAGUCCAUGCUGCUUUGGAUGCUUUUCAUAAAGAUCGAGCACCUUUGCCUCAACCAUUGCCAAACCCUCCACCUCUGGCACCAUUGCCUCUAGCCACGCCUGAUCCUUGGACCCAGGAAAUGAUAAUGGAAAGUUGAAGAAAGCUGAGGAUCUUGGUGAGAAGGGGAUGAUAGAUGAGGCACAAAAAGCUUUAGAAGGGGCUGAAGCACUAAAAAAGACUGAUUCAAAGCUACAGGUUUGUGACAUUUGUGGACCAUUUUUGAGUGUUUAUGACAGUGAUUGAUGUUUAGCAGAUCAUUUUGGAGGCAAAUUUCAUUUAGGCUAUAUGCAAAUCCAUGAUAAACUAGCAGAGCUUCAGAAUGUGGUACGGAUUAUGAGCGCCCUCGGACUUAUGAUUCUAGAUGUCGCCACAGGUCACAUUCAAGGUCUAAGGAGUAUUCCAGGGAUUAUGAUUGUCACAGGUACCUUUUUCUCUUUGUUUAUGGUUUUUUAAAGUUUAUUUUCACAUGGACUUGUGUAUGAGUCUCUUGCCAUUAUUGGUUCAUUUUUGUAAUUCCAUAUUUGUUUGUUUACAUGUCAAAUUGAUGCAUGUUUGGAUUAUAUGUAUGCUUCUUAUCAUAUUCUUCACUCAACUACCUGUAGAUAAUUUCAUUAUUUUCAAAAAGAUCUAACUACCUUAAGGCAAGUUUUAUCAAAGUGGAAAUGUGGAAUAGAGGGUAUAGGUUAGGAAAGUUUUGAAUUGCUUGGUGGAAUGAUUUUCAAACAGGAUUUUGUUAAAGGUGGGGCUGUAAGAAGCCAUGCUUCUCUCAUCAAGUUGAACUCAAAAUAAUAGUAACCCCAGUUUGUAUUUGGUUUCUUUUAGUUAAAGACGCUCAUGGUCAAGGGAAACCACCUGGUACUCCAUCUAUGAUAUAAUAUAAAGAGUAUCAAGCUCGAACAACACCCAAAUGCUAGCCUCCGAUCGGAUUCAUCAAAAAGGGAAAAAAAUAUAAAAGCCUCGUAUGGAGCACUGACACUAGUAAUCUCAUAAUUCUCAAUCAAAAGGGUAAAUAGAUAUUGAAAAAUGUAGUUUGCUCUGUGUGUGAAAUUGAGAGUUGUUUAACAAAGGGAUAUGAGAAAU